AUGGGGAAGCAGGAGGAUCAGUCUGUUGCUGAGCAUGUCUCGGGCCAGUCCAACAAGCCCAUGACGGCCCCUGCUCAUGCCCUCUCAUUUGAACAAGUAGCCCAGGAAUUGGGUGCUAACACACAGGAUGGACUGAGCCACGACGACGCUGAGAAGCGACUGGAAGAUUACGGUCGCAACGAAUUUGGCGAAGGUAACAAAGUUUCGCCAGUUAGAAUCUUCGUUGGCCAGAUUGCCAAUGCAUUGACACUUGUUCUUAUUCUGGCCAUGGCCGCCUCAUUUGGUAUUCAAUCCUGGAUUGAGGGUGCCGUCGUCGGCGCCGUCAUCAUCCUUAACAUUACUGUCGGCUUUGUGCAAGAAUACAAGGCCGCAAAGACAAUGGACUCCCUUCGCUCCCUCAGUUCGCCUACAGCACAAGCAGUUCGCAGUGGUAACAACGAGACUGUGGUAACUGCAGAGAUUGUCCCUGGUGAUCUUGUGGAACUCAAGACCGGUGACACCAUCCCUGCAGAUGUGCGUUUGAUCGAGGCAGUGAACUUUGAGACAAACGAGGCUCUACUUACCGGCGAGUCUCUUCCCGUUAGGAAAGAGAUUGGCUCUACUUUCUCUCCCGAAACUGGUCCUGGUGACCGGUUGAAUAUUGCUUAUAGCUCGUCUACUGUUACAAAGGGGCGAGCUAGAGGUAUCGUCUUUGCUACUGGUUUGUAUACUGAGAUUGGUCAAAUCGCUGCGGCACUUAGAGGCAAGAACUCGCGCCGCCGCGAACCCAAGCGUCGGGAGGAUGGUACAACUAGCUUUGGUCGACAUCUUCAGGCUUGGUCUCUGACUGGCACUGACGCCAUUGGACGCUUCCUAGGAGUCAACGUCGGAACUCCUCUGCAAAAGAAGCUGUCCAAGCUGGCUCUUCUGUUGCUUGGAACUGCCAUUAUCUGUGCCAUUAUUGUUCUCGGUGCAAACAAGUUCUCUUCUGAGCAGCAGGUCGUUAUUUACGCCGUUGCCACUGGUGUAUCGAUGAUUCCCGCUUCUCUUAUUGUCGUGCUUACCAUCACAAUGGCUGCUGGUACUAAGCGCAUGGUUGAGCGCCAUGUUAUUGUCCGUAACCUCAAGGCUCUUGAAGCCCUUGGUGCUGUGACGAAUAUUUGCUCCGAUAAGACUGGUACCCUCACCCAGGGCAAGAUGAUUGUCAAGAAGGCUUGGAUUCCAGGGCGUGGUACCUACUCUGUUGGCACCUCCAACCAACCUGUUAACCCCACUGAUGGCGAAAUCUCGUUCAACAGCAGCCAGCCCAAGGAUAUCGACUUUCAAUCAGCGGACUCGGCGGGUGAUGUUAUCCAGGGCCCCGAGCUCGCUAAAUCGGACACAACUCUUCGGGAUUAUCUUAAUGUUGCCUCCCUGGCCAACCUUGCCUCUGUGACCGAAGUUGAAAAUGAAUGGCACGCCAGAGGAGACCCAACUGAAAUUGCCAUCCAGGUCUUUGCCUCUCGAUUCGACUGGAACCGACUUCGCCUCUCCACCGGCCCUGAUGCCCAGUGGAGGCAGAUUGCCGAGUUCCCCUUUGAUUCUGACGUUAAGAAGAUGUCUGUCAUCUUCGAAGAUAAGCAAGCCAAUAAACAAUGGGUCUUCACCAAAGGUGCUGUCGAGCGUGUCUUGACCUCGUGCCCCCAAGCCGCCAUCGGCGACGAGAUCGUCGACUUCCCCGAUAGUGUAAAGGAAGAUGUCCUGAAGAACAUGGAGGCCAUGGCCCGACUUGGUCUUCGUGUUCUUGCUCUCGCUAGCAAGACAAAUAUUCGACAUGUCAAUGAGAACGAGGCUGAGCUGGAGCGUGGUGACUUUGAAAAGGAUCUUGUCUUCCGUGGUCUUGUCGGGCUCUACGACCCGCCUCGACCUGAAUCUGCGCCCUCGGUUCGCCAGUGCCACCAAGCCGGUAUCAGCGUUCACAUGCUCACUGGAGACCACCCGGAAACUGCCCGUGCUAUCGCUCUCGAGGUCGGAAUUCUGCCCAGCAGAAUAUCUGAGAUCGCCGCCGAUGUGGCCAAGACUAUGGUCAUGGCUGCUGUCGACUUUGACAAGCUUACAGAUGAUGAGAUUGAUGCAUUGCCUCUGUUGCCCCUGGUCAUCGCUCGCUGUGCUCCCCAGACCAAGGUCCGCAUGAUCGAAGCUCUCCACCGUCGCAAGCGCUUCGUCGCCAUGACUGGAGAUGGUGUCAACGACUCUCCCUCUCUCAAGCGUGCUGAUGUUGGCAUUGCCAUGGGCCAGUCUGGCUCUGACGUUGCUAAGGAAGCCUCUGACAUUGUUCUUACUGAUGACAACUUUGCUUCCAUCCUGAACGCUGUUGAAGAAGGUCGCCGAAUGUUUGACAACAUCCAGAAGUUUGUUCUGCAUGUGUUGGCUGAGAACAUUGGCCAGGCUCUGACACUCUUAAUUGGUCUGGCUAUUAAGGAUAAGAACGGUAUUUCCGUAUUCCCUAUCUCGCCUGUUGAAAUCAUGUGGAUUAUCAUGAUCACCUCCGGUUUCCCAGACAUGGGUCUCGGUUUCGAGCCUGCUGUUGCUGAGAUUAUGAACCGACCUCCUCAGAACCUUCGACAAGGUGUCUUCACUCCUGAGCUCAUGUGUGACAUGAUGUUCUACGGUAUCUGGCUGGCUGCCCUCUGCCUGUCUUCCUUCCUCCUGGUUCUCUUCGGAUGGGGCAAGGGCCACGCCGACAUUGGCUUGGACUGCAACGGAAGUAUCGACGAUGGAUGCGAGGUCGUCUUCCGAGCCCGCGCCACCACAUUCGCCUCCCUGACCUGGUUCGCCCUCUUCCUAGCUUGGGAGAUGUUGCACAUGCGCCGAUCUUUCUUCCGGAUGCAACCCAAGAGCACGAGGUACCUCACCCAGUGGUUCGUCGACGUCUGGCGAAAUCAGUUCCUCUUCUGGUCCAUCAUCGGCGGCAUCGUUACCAUGUUCCCCAUCCUGUACAUCCCGGGCCUGAGCACCAUCGUCUUCAAGCACACCGGCAUCACAUGGGAAUGGGGCAUCGUAUUCGUCGAGUCUGUGCUCUUCUUCCUCGGCGUCGAGGGCUGGAAGUUCGCGAAGCGGGCGUACUUCCGCCAACAGGCUGCCAAGGAGGUCAACGGCAAUGCUGACCUGGAGACCCGGACGUUUGGGCAUUACUUCACACAGAGCAAGUCCGACAUCGAGGAUAGUGACCCGGAGAAGGGAACGACAAGCAGGGUCGAGGCAUCAUCAAGGGCUGAUACGGGGGAGAAGAAGGUUGAGUAA